AUCCUCUCGCUUCUGCUUUUCUUCUUUUCUCUCAUUUGACUUCUUCUUCUUCUCUCCCAAAAAAAAAAGAAGGCGACAAGAUGAACGGAAAGGUCGGAGAAACCGUGGAGGAGUUCCACGUCUGCAACAACUCGUUCGGCGACCUCAAGAUCAUGGACACCAAGAAGUCCGCCGCCGCGCACCGCAAGCACGAGACGUCCCGCAAGGAGUCCGAGGACGAGUCCCGCCUCCCGGCGCUGGAGGCCGCCUACACCAGCAUCCUGCGGCACCUGGGCGAGGACWCGGACCGCGAGGGGCUGCUGCGCACGCCGCUGCGCGCCGCCAAGGCCAUCCAGUUCUUCACCAAGGGCUACCACGAGACCAUCGACGGUGAGUUCAGCAGGGCCAUAUUCAAUGAGGACCACGAUGAGAUGGUGAUUGUGAAGGACAUCGACAUGUUUUCUCUGUGCGAGCAUCAUCUGGUGCCCUUUUUUGGGAAGGUUCACGUCGGCUACAUCCCCAACAAAAAAGUGGUGGGACUGAGCAAGCUGGCAAGGAUUGUGGAGAUCUUCAGCAGGAGGCUUCAAGUGCAGGAGCGUCUGACCAAGCAGAUUGCCUUGGGAAUAUCUGAGGCCCUGCAGCCAGUGGGUGUAGCUGUGGUUAUAGAAGCAUCGCACAUGUGCAUGGUGAUGCGUGGCGUCCAGAAGAUGAACAGCCGCACGGUGACGAGCACCAUGCUGGGAGCUUACCUGGAGGACCCCAAGACCCGGGAGGAGUUCCUGGCUCUCACCAKGCACGCCUAACCAACCUCAAACACUCGUCCCUCCGCACACGGGAAGCUCUGGAGUCGGUCCGAAACGUGACGUCACUUUAAACACACACACACAWACACACACACCAGGAURACAGGCGUGAAGUUGCAGCAGGACCUCCAGCUCCUGACUUUAAACUCAGCAACACACUGAAGCCAGAACGCUUUUAGAUUCAAACCACUGUGAUCGCAGCAAAAACACAAGUCUUUGGUGCCUUUAAUAGAUAUUUUAUAGUCUUAAUGUUAUAAAACAAAUGAGCUGAGUGCACUGUUGUAACAAAACUGAAAAUACUUAAGAUUCAAUGUUUGUUUUUCUUUUUUUUUUUUCCCCUUUUUUUUCACCCCUGAUGGGAAUUUUAUUGGUGCUUUUCCAAAAACUGUUGUUUCGUAUCUUAAUAUUGUAUUUAGAAUUCUCUGGCUUUAGGAAUUUAGCAAAAUACACAGUAUGUCAUUUAUAAGGACAUUUUUUAAACUCUUUUUAUUGUGUGAUCUUUGAAGAUAUUAAGUCCAAAUGUUUGAUCUCAAGUCCAAAGAAUUACUGUAAAUCUGUGAUCAAAGAUGAUGGUAUUUGUGUAUCCAGGAGUCUGAAAUAAUAAAAAAAAUUAUGCAUAUAAAAGUA